AUGUCCUCAUCGAUGAUUAUUUCCUCUUCUUCUCCACACCAACAACAACACCAACAACACACCACAACACCGCUACCACCACCACUACCCUCUUCUCAACCAACACUUGGCACAUCAGCAAACCUCAUCACCACCACCACCACGAGUCAUUCAUCAGAGUCCAACAAUGAUCAUCCCAAUGAGCAUACCAAUGAUAAUAAUAACAACAACAUCAGUGGUCAUGAACAAGAUCUGUCAUCCAUCAAUGACAUUUCCACAAUGAGACACCACGCUGUUACUCCACGUGAGUCAUCAUCAUCACCAACGGUUGUAACUCCCAACCACGAUGAUGAUGAUGAUGAUCAGGAUGUUGUGGAUCGUCCACUCGAGUUGGGUGUGGUGGAUGAUCACCCACCAAACACACCGACACUGCCAACAACAACCAUAGCCUCUUCUUCCUCCUCUCAAACACAACAACAACUGCGCGCCAAAUUACUCUCCAAACGUAAACAUGUCAUUCAAGAAAUAUUUCAAACCGAACGCGAAUACGUGAAUGCCUUGGAAACACUCAACUCGGUCUUUAUUCAACCCAUCAAACAACAACAAUUACUCAAAGAGGAAGAUACCAAUGAAUUAUUCAAGGAUAUUCAAAUCAUUUUAGCAGUGAAUAAGGAAGUUCUUUCCUUCAUUCAAAUCUAUAUUCAAUAUAUGGAAGAACAUGAUUACAAUGAUGAAAUGGAUCCCUCUCUUAGUACCAUACAAGAUCAAAAGAAGAGAAAUGCCUUGAUAUUAGCAAAGAAACAAUCACCAACACUAGGAGAUAUAUUUCAUUUGAUGAGUGAUUAUUUGAAGAGUUACAGCGAUUAUUGCAACAAGUAUGAAUUGAUUUUCAAAAUGAUUGAAGAAAAACGUCAAAAAAAAUCAAAAUUCCGAAAAUUCUUGGAACGUACUGAAUUUACACCUGACUCGUACAAUGAUACCGUUGUGUCUUUUAUGAUCAAACCUGUUCAACGUAUACCUCGAUAUGAAUUAUUGCUCAGAGAAUCAAUCAAAUCGACACCACAAGAUCAUCACGAUUAUGAUCGAUUGAUUACUGCUGCACAGAAAAUCAAUGCUGUGGCUUCAAGAGUCAAUGAAAAGAUUCGAGAACAAUUGUGUCGAGAGAGAGCCAUUCAAUUGGCUGAACAAUUUGGAGAUUCAUUGCCAUUUGAAUUGGUCAAGUCGAGUCGAAAAUUCAUUCGACAUGCUCUCAUGGGAUAUGUGAGUGAUAGUCGAGGUAUUCAAUCACGUGUCUUGAUUUUGUAUAAUGAUUUGAUCUUGUUGUGUACAUGUCAUUGGAAUGGAGUGUAUAAUGGUAGUGGUGGCAACAAGUCAACAACAACAACCACGACCACCAUAGGAGGAGAGGAGCAUGCUUCACAUCAUCAUCAUUCCAUGUCCAUGACUCAAUUAUUCAGCAACAGCAAUAACAACAAUACCACCCAUCCCAGUAGUGUUUGUUUGGAAGGUGGAGGAUUGAAUGCUGUUGUCGAACAACAACAACAAACAACAUCGACCACCAAUGGACAACAACAACAACAACUAGUAUCACCAUCAACACCCAUCACCAUCAACACCAAUGAACCUCCUCCACCUGGUUCUAUGGAACACUACAAACGUGAACAAUUACUCUUUGAAAAUCCAAAAGUGAAAUUCCAAAUGCGAUGUGCCAUUUCUCUUCUCUCUACUCCUCUCACAUGGGCUCAAAGUGUUCCAGAUGGUUAUUGUAUUGAAAAUGCAUUCAAAAUAGUCACACGUGAAAAGACAUUUAUUCUCUUUACUGAAACUUCACGUCAGAGAGAUUAUUGGGUUCAACUCAUUAAUGAACAAGUGGAUAAAUUGAAAAAACAAAUUCCAUCUCUUGUGGAUGAACCAAAUGCAACUGAAAUUAUGCUUGUUGGAAGUCGAUAUUUCUAUUAUGCGACAGGUGCAGAAAAAGAAAAGAGAUCUCUUUUAUUGAAUUCACAAUUGUUAAAUGAGGAAGAAAGGAAUCGAAUUGAACAUUCCAUCAAUGAAGAUACUCUCUCAAUGAUUGCUGAACAAACUCAGAAAGAUGAUGACAAUCAUGGAGUACCAUUAUUAUUAAAUAUGAUGAAUGGUGGUAAUAGUGGUCAGAAUAGUAGUGGUGCAUUCGGUGGUGGUGCAUUCACUCCAUCCAUCGUACGAUGUUACGAUUCAGACUAUGUACAAAGUGUGUUAACCAAUGCAGCAGCAGCCAAUCGAGGAAGUUUAUUCAACACUACCACGAGUGGCAGCUCUGAAGAUGAUUUACUUGUAUUGGGUGGGAAUGCUUCCUAUUUGGGAGUUCAAGCAUUCAGCACCACCAGCACCACAGGCACUUCAACUCCUCAUCAUUCUCAUCAUACCAACACCACGAGUGGCAGCAACAGGAGAAUAUCCGCCACACUCAAAUCACUUCUACAAUCUGCUAAACAAGAUCUUACAUCAUCCACCAUCCAAACUACUACCACCUCUUCACACUCUUCACCCAAUAUCAAUGAUUUACAAAGUGGUGGUAGUACUACUUCUGGAAUGACACGAUCCUCUCCACUCUUACUAGUUAACAACAACAACAACAACAACAACAAUCAAGGGAGCAGCAUGUCACCCACAUCACCUCAUUCUUCAACCAAUUAUCAUCAUUUGAGUGCUUCACUUGCCACCACCACCUCUUCUUCUUCAUUGAGAUCCUCUUAUAGUGGUGGUGGUGGUGGUGGUGGUGGUAGUGGUGGUGGUCAUCAACCACAUCCCUUCCGAGAUCGAUCCAAUAGUUUAUUCACUACUAAAAUUAUUAUACCUCAACAACAACAACAACCACAUCGAGCUUCAGUGUCAUCCUCUCAUCAUCAUCAACAUUCCCUGAGUGAGGAUUUCAAGAAGAAUUUCAGAAAUACCAAUACUACCCAUACUACCCAUACUGCCCAUACUAAUACCAAUACCAAUACUACCAACAACAACAACAACAACAAUACUUGGAUUCACACACCUCCUCUCUCCAAUGAACAAAUUCAAGAACUCUUUCAGAAAAUUAAUUUACCAUGCAAUAUCAAUUCAAAUACCUAUUAUUCUACACCACCACCACCACCACCACCACUGUGUGUGAAUGAUGAAAAAGAUUCACUACAUUCCUCAUUAUUCGAUCAACAACACUCCACACGAUCAUCCAUUUCGAUCAAUACUUCAUCCAACAUGACCGAUGAGAAUAAUACUAGUAAUGCAAUGAAUAAUAAUAGUAAUAACAAUAGUAGCAAUGGAUUCUUUGCCAAGAAAGUGGCCACUAAAAUGAUGAGUAAAUUUAAAAAAUCAGGAAAUAAGAAGAAAAUUCAAGACACAGAUCAAAUGAUUUAUUUGAGUGAUGGAGAGAAUGAAAGUGAUGAACCAUUUGCUCCUCAUCUACUUCCCUACAUGCAAGAUGUUACUAAAAGAAGAGUAGAUAAACAAUUAGUGGAUGAAUUUAUUAAAAUUAUGGAGAGACAACAAAAACAAUUUGAACCACUCAUGAAUGAAAUCAUUCAAGGAGGUACAAAAUUGGAUCGAUUGAUUCAUCGAAGAAUGAUUCAUCAUCAACAACAAAAGCAUUUAAUAUCAACAAUGAAUAUGGAAGAGACAAUGGAGAGUGGUGGUAUUUCAAGUCAGAGUUAUGGUGGUCAGAGUGGUGGUGGUGCUAAUAACACUUUGUCAUUAUCAUUCUCCACAGAAGAAUUAUUGAGUGGUGGUGAUGGUGGUGGUGGUGGUGAUGGUGGUCUAUAUAUUGGAGAAGGAGGAGGAGCCAUUGAAUAUCAUCGAACUAUCAUGAUGUCCUCCUCCUCCUCCUCUUCUGACUCGUCUCAACAUUCUGAAGAGGAAUUGGUGAGUGGUGGCAGAGGUCAUGACGAUGAUUUGUCAAAUGAUUCUAACAACAACAACCUUACGAACCAUCACCAUCAUCAACACCACCUGAACCAUCCUUCUACCACCACAACACCUCCUCACUCACCUUCAUCCAAUACUACUACCAAUACCAAUACCAAUACUACUAUUAUCUCGACUACUACUACCACCACAUCGACUGCAACUACAACAACCACUUCAACCACUUCAACAUCAUUAUCAAAAACAUCUUCUCAACAACAACUCUUCUCCACUUCACUCAUGGAUGGUGCAAUUAUUACAUUAAAUCCAUUCAAACCAACUCCACUCUACAAAGAUCAAGUACUUGAAGAAAUUUCACAUACCAAAUAUACCUGUGUGGUGUUGAAUCCUUUAUUUGGAUUGAAAGAUUUACCAACCACUAGACAAUAUCGAUUACAAAUUAUUGAUGAAUUGAAGGAUCAAGAAGCUACAGCAGAAUUUGAAAAAUUUGUAAAGAACUUUGAAGAUAAGAUUGGAUUCACUGUGAAUAGUGAUUUAAUACCAACAACAACAACACCACCAACUAAUAAUAGUAUAAACACCAACUACAACAUCACCAACAAUACAAAUAUGACGACAACUUGUCAUUCAUCCAAUGUCAUGACAACUAAAAUAACUGGUGGUGGUGGUGAGGUUGUUGCUGGUUCCUCAGACAAGAAGAGAAGAAGUUUAUUCUUUUGGAAAUAA